AUGAGUGUUGUGAUGCGCAUCUUGAGAUAUCUGAAAGUAACUUCUGAAAAGGGGUUAAUGUUUUGCAAGUAUGGUUAUACAGAUGUGGAAGGGUAUACGGAUGCUGAUUGGGCUGGUUCAGUCAUUGAUAGACGCUUUACGUUUGGGUAUUUCACAUUUGUUGGUGGUAAUCUUGUUACUUGGAGGAGUAAAAAGCAAAAAGUGGUGUCUAGGUCUAGUGCCGAGGCCGAGUACCGUGGGAUGGCUCAAGAGAAGUUAGAUGCAGAAAUUAUGUCUUUUCCGCUUAUAUCAUUCGAGUAUCAACUGGCAAAUGUUCUUACGAGAGCUGUGUCUACUACGGUCUUUCUCAACUCGCUUGACAAGUUAGGCAUGCGUGACAUCUUUGCCCCAACUUAA